ACGAAUUAUAAAACAUAGAAAUGCAUUGAAUUGUCAUCUGCAAGCCUUUAAAAUGUUCUAAGGUCUUAUAAACUAUUGUCUUUUAUAAGUUUCGUUUUGUACCCUGAAGCGAGCCAAAUUAGUUAGACCGUUCUUAAGAACAAUGCGAAAUGUAUUGCUGCUUUGCAUAGUAGGUCCAAAUUAGGGCCAUACACCCUAUCAUGUGUCAUUUCUACCACUCGAAUCUGGUGCUCCAUUCAGCCAACUUUGAUUUGUUCCGUGUCCCGUAUGUUUUUUCGAGCUUCAAUAUUUUUUCCGCCCAUAAUUUUACAGGGAAGACAUAUCAAUUUUAAAAGAUUAAAAUUGUUUCAAUUUGGUUUUGGUGCUCUUAAGCCUUUUAAUGUUUUUGAGAUUUUUGAAAGUUUUCAAAACCUAUUAGUUUAUUGUCCAGAGAACAAGAAAAUGGUUAAGUUUAUGGUCAGAGGUAAUCUGUUUAUGAGAAAAAAGCAAUAAUUAGUGACAAGAUCUAUUCCAACUGAAUUCUUUUUUUCAUCGUGUCCUUGGGUGCAUUAAGUGCAAAUGUCCUCAAGAUACACGUAACCCGUCGUCCUUCAAAUCAAUCCUCCAGAACGUUCGGCGACAGUUGGUUCCGGUUCCCAAUACCGCUAAAUUAUAAAUCUCUGCCCUGUGUGUCACCGUGAAGUGUUUGUUUUGCCAACCGAGGGUGCGCGAAAUCUCAGUUCUUUCCGGAACCGUGAACGAAAUGGAAGCCUCCGCUCGUAGCAUGCUCUGGAGACGGUGCAAGUCGCGGGCCACGGCCUACUACCGUACGCUGACCAGGGACUUUAACUACUCGACGGACUUCUUUUUCGGGCAGGAUUUCCUGAUGGCGAUCGCGGGUGCUCGACUGAACUCGACAAACGUUAGAAUCAGACGCUGGUGGAACGCUUACCGGUUGGUGAGCUGCCUUCCAGUGCUGGUGGUUUUUUGGAACACUUUUGUGACGGUUCGCAAUCACGAGAAGCUGGUAAUUGUACUGAGCUGCGUGCAGGCAACGGUUGGAACGGGGAUCACGAUGCUGCGAAUGAUGAUCAUUCUCUGGCACUACGACUCGUUGAUGGAGGUUCGGCGAUACGUGAACCGGCGCAAGUUUGGGAAAAAUCUCCAGCUCUCGCUUGGAAUUCGCAGUGAAGCGUUUUAUCACAUACGAAAAAUUGUUUUUAUUUCAACAAUGGUCAUUCUGACCGUUAUGACAAGUUUUCUGGCCGUUGACUUUUCCGAUCAUCAUUAUUUCAAAAUUCCCUUUAUUGAACAAUUUGGCACAGUUGUACAAAAACUGUGCCAAAAAGCUCUUAAUUUGGCAUUCUACGGAGUAGGAGUCAUGACCGUUUUCGUUUACCUGUUUCCCUACACGAUCCUGAACGGAAUGAUGAGUGAGCUGAAAGUACUUGCCCAGGCAUUUUCAGUCGUUUUCGACAACACCGAAAUGCGGGUUCAACGUAAGCUUGAGCUGGAACCGGGCAACUCCCGACAGCAGGAUUUUAUGAGGAAGCACUACUUCUGGAAGGUCGUCCAGGAAGAGUUCGGUGACUGCGUGCAGCUGCACAUCGAGUUCCUAGCAUUGCUGAACCGAAUUCGGCCGUUUUUGAAUGCCACCUUCCUGAUCGUGUACUACUCAACGGUGAUGAGCCUGUCCAGUGGUGCCAUCUACGUGUCUCAAAUGGAAAACGUCACGAUUUUUUCACUGAAUACACUCUACUAUUGCGUUUGGGUUGCUUUCGAGUGUGGAACCUUGACUAGAACGGUUAGCCUGCUGACGGAGUCGCACGAAUCCAUCGGCUGGGAAGUGUACAACCUGGACUGGCCGGAGAAGCUCGAAUGGGAUGACCAGUUCCAGGAGGAGUACCGCUCCGUUCGGGCGACGAUGCUGAACGUGAUAAUAGUGGCACAGCAACCGUUGGGUUUGAACUGCUACGGCUUCUUCGAGUUCACCCAGGAUCGGUUCUACGAGCUGCUCAACAUGGCCUACUCGGUUUACACGUUUUUCAGGGAUUUCGUGUAAAAAUGUUGAUUUUUAUUUUGAUUGAAGAUAGCUUACGAUAGAAAAUUUUAAUAAAUAAUUGAAACAAUAGUGCUGCUUAGAUAAAACAUUAUUUCAAAAUAUUUAGAGAUAAGCAUAAAUGGUUUCUAUUUACUUUGAUUCAGGAUAAGAAAAAAUGUAUGUAUUUAUGUGUAAAAAUGUACUCAAAAAAGUAAAUGUUUGAUCAUGUGUAAAAAUAAUAAACAUA